GAAGAUUCUUUCGAAGCAUCCCUGCUCGAAGGAGAUGAAGUGAACGCUGAAGUAUUUUCUGUUCAAAACCAUGAAAGACAAGCCCAUGCACUUAGGUGAGCACACUGGACAGGAUCCCUUUUUUCUCUAAUCUAUAUUAUAGUAUUGGACUCCUAAAGAUCUAUUUCUUCUUUGGUGUUUGAGGCGUUGGAGGGUAUCACUUGCCAAUCCUUGGCUUCCCUCACGGUGAGCUGUGAUGCUGCAACCAGCAGAUCAGCUUUGCUCCCAAAAACGAUGACAUGGUGAAUCUACCUUCCCAAAGUCACAGAGCCCCCAGCAUGAGAUCUUCGCUGAUUGAAACGGUUUGACGACGGUUUGGGACCGCCCGAAGCCGCAGCUUUGCCCACUGACCGGUCUUGGGUCUCGUGGCUCAAGCGUUUCUACGCGUUCGACUUGACCGAACGAGCGCGCGUUUGAACCACCGGGGCAGAACGCUGAUGGGGUGCAAGACCAGCUCACCGAGAUCGGAGGUAGUCAAGGCUGAGAGCGAGGAUCUCUUGAGAGUCGAACUGGGUGACGACGGCUUGGACGUUUCGAAAGAAACCAGCCUCACAACGGACCCAGCACGGGCGUCAAGUCAUGCGAGCACGGAAAGUAUGGAUCUGGUGGAUAAACUGAAGAGUUUUCACUCGAUGGAUCUAGUGGACAAAGACUUUCCUGAGCUCGAUGGUGUACCGCCUGUUCGGUCGACACAUGCUUCGUAUGUGGCCGAGCUGGACCACUUCUUGUCAGAUGUGAACGGGGAGAAACUGCAAUGGUCUGUACGGCAGAAGCUUCGCAUUCAUUCUUGGAAACAACAUCACGUCCGCUUCAGCCCAACACCCGAUGCGUCGUGUGGUGCGAGCUCGGCGAGCCGUGGAAAGCGGAUCAUUGUGUCAGUGUGACCGGUGGUGAUCCGCAUGGAGGUGCCCAAAACGGCGGAGGUGAUCCGUGCCAAAUCCGCAGGGGUUUACAACCUGCGCCCAGGUCAGUGUCAUUCGGGUGAUGAUCUUUCAGUCUUUGAAGAAGACAUGAAACUGUGACUAUAGUGUCAACUGAGGAAGUGGUUGUGGUGUUACUUGGAUUUCCGAUUUCUGUCAUCCUGUCAGGAGAGAAAUCCAUAGGCCCGGCGUCUCUUUUUGGCAUGCCAGAGAGCAGGAUCCUAAUAUCCUGCUGUAAAGGAAGUGCAUGUCUUUAAAGUGUUUUAAGAUCCGCCGGUAUAUGCUACAUCCGAAUAUAAUUAGCGGCUACACCCGGGCCCAUCCGAGUGAAGCAAUUGGUUUUCUCCGAGUUCCAUU